AUGUUUCCCGAAUCAAAAUUCCCAAGACAGAGAACCGCUAGCAAUCGAAAGCUGAAGAAAAAGAAACGUGGCCUAGUUCAAGGCCAAACGAGUCUUGUUUCGCAAGAUGAAGCCAUCCCACAAGCCACAAGGAGUGUAUUACAAAGGCCGAAGAUACAAAGCUGUCAAAUUAGCGCAACUAAUGUGCACCCAUAUCGCCAAUGUAACCACGCUCACUUAGGUCGAAGUCAUUCAUUCCAACGACGCUGCUUGGGGCCACAACCUAUUCUAUCACUUGAUACAACGCCUCAAACCUCGCAUCAUCUACAUCCAAAACAACUUCAUGCUGUGGUACGAAAAGACUGGCCGUCUUCCAGCUAUAGACUCCAGUCAACAGAUAGGCCACUGAGACACUCACCAAAAAUGCCCAUGGCUGUACGUCAGACCCUUUCAUUGCCUAAAAAUGCAUCUUCAGGGAUGCAGCACGAACCGGUUUUACAUUCCAAUAUUCCGCAGGCGUCUCCAAAAGACAUUAUCGACCAGAGAAGUUUAAUCCACGUCCGUUCUAGUUCCCUCACUAUCCCAUCCCAAUUUGUACACUGCAUCACCAAUGGCACGAGUUAUGUAACUCCACAAGCUUCUGAUAGGAACUGUCAUUCUGGUAAUAUGGACGAGGCUUAUGAGAUACCUCAAGAGGAAAUUUCCAUGCCCGUAUUACAUUCGAGCUCACACCAAAGGGUUUCACUUUUCUUUCCACACCCAUCUCCCGACGACAGUGAUAGCGAAACAACUUGUUUUGUUUUUGAUUUCCCAAAGCCGCCGUCAGCCCAAAGAUUUGGUCUAAUUCCCGGGAAUUAUGCUGGUCAAUUAUCACCAAAGAAAAGCUUAUACCUGCAGGCUUUAAUACGACGAAAUGAAGAGAGAUCUGAUCCACUUUGGACCGCCUUGUUGCAAGGUGCCAUGCGGGAAAAAUGUGUACGUGAAUUGUGCAUUAUUAUUGGUCGCAUGUAUGUGAAUGGUGUUCCGACGACCGAUCUUGUCCUGAAAGGACACGUGAGAUCGUGGAAUGUUCAAAAGGCUGUAAAUAUACUCAACCAGUUUCUAUCCGUUGGCGGAACACCAUUACAUGACAUGGUCAAAUUCUUGAGGAGAAGGCUUAAAAUCGAUUCUGUCGAAGGAGGCUGGACCUGGGCCAGGAAGCGACAAAGAGAGAUGUCAGCGCCUUCCAAAUUUUAA